AUGGAACUACCGACAAGAUGGGAAGUGGAAUUAGAAUUUGUCCAAGCUUUGGCUAAUUUACAAUACUUGAAUUUCCUUGCCCAAAAUAAAUACUUGGAAGAUGAACAAUUUUUACAAUAUUUAAAAUAUCUUGAAUAUUGGAGGAAACCAGAAUAUUCUAAAUACUUGGUAUAUCCAAAUUGUUUACAUAUAUUGACAUUACUACAGAGUGAACAGUUUAGGCAACAAAUCCUAAGAGCUGAUGUAGCUGGUGUGAUUAUGAAUGAUAUGGUUCAUAGAUGGAAAGAACCUCAAUUAACAUUUGCUCCUACACCUUUAAAGAAUGAAGAGACUCAAAAUGGUACAGCUAAUGAAGAACAAGGACAAUCACAACUACCACAAGGACAGUCGCAGUCACCACAGGCACAGCAACCACAGGAGAAUCAACAAGAAACUCAACAGCCCCCAAUAACGGCAAAUUCAAAUACAACUACAACAACUUCAAGUACGCAAAGUUAA